UUAUAGAACUAAUGGCUUUCUACGGAGUAGGUCUCAACUCAAGAGUAAAAGAACUAAACCUUGAAUUCAAAAUGACUCUUAAGCAAAAGGGAGGUAUUGGUAUCAGAACUCUUGGGAAGAUAUUCAAUAGAAUGGACUUCAACGGCAAUAAGAAACUAGACUUUGAAGAAUUCAAAGAAGCUUUAGCUUAUUACGGAAUCUUCCCUUCCGUUGUGGACCUUCAAGCACUCAUGAAAUAUUACGAUGUUGAUGAGGAUGGUAACGUCAGUUAUGAGGAGUUCCUCAGAGGACUCAGAGAUCCUCUCAACGAGGACAGGAAGGCCCUUGUAGAGAAAGCAUUUGCCAUCAUGGACAAAGACGGGUCUGGAGUCAUUCAAGUUGAUGAUAUCAAAGAUAUCUACGAUGUCAGCUUCAAUGAAGACUACCAACAAGGUAUUAAAACCAAGGAAGAAGUUCUAGAAGAUUUCUUAGACGGAUUCGAUGGCCUUAAAGGCGACAACGACGGCCAAGUCACUCAUCAAGAGUGGAUGGACUACUACUCAGAUCUUUCCAUGAGCGUCCCUAGUGACGAGUACUUUGCUCUUAUGAUGAAGCAAGUGUGGGGUAUUGAACAAGAAUAA